AUGAAGCUCUUCACAGUACACCUACUCUGUGUAUUGUUUGUUGUAUGUGUUGUUGGCAAAGACAGGGAGUACUUCAUUGGAAUUCAAGAAAUCAACUGGAAUUAUGCUCCUAGUGGAAAAAAUAUAAUUUCUGGAAAUCCCAUUGAUGAUGAUGAGCAUGCCAGCGUCUAUUUACAACAAGGCCCCAACCGAAUAGGCAGAGUCUAUAAGAAAGCUUCCUAUGUGCAAUUCACCGAUGGCUUAUAUACAGAACAAAUAAAGAAACCAGAUUGGCUGGGAUUGUUAGGUCCCAUCAUAAGAGCAGAAGUUGGGGACACUUUAAUUGUCCAUCUUAAAAACUUUGCUUCCAUAUCAUACGGCUUACAUCCACAUGGAGUAGAGUACACAAAGGAAAAUGAAGGUGCCUUAUACCCAGACAAAACCGCGGGGACACACAAGAAGGAUGAUGCUGUCAAACCUGGAGAAAGUCAUACUUACAAGUGGGAUGUAGUGGAAGACCAAGGUCCGUCCGCAAGGGAUGAUGAUUGUAUUAUCAGAUUAUAUCACUCACACAUUGAUGGCCCAAAGGAUGUUUACUCUGGACUUGUGGGACCCAUGAUUAUUUGUAAGACAGGUGCCCUGGAUGGAACAAAGAAGUCUGGAAAGAAAGAAAAAAUAGAAGAAUUUAUCUUGAUGUUUUCCGUGAUUGAUGAAAAUUCUAGCUGGUAUAUAGAUGAAAAUAUCAAUAGUUUUACCAACCCUACUGCGGUGGAUAAAGAGGAUGAUGACUUUGUGGAGAGCAAUAAAAUGCACUCAAUCAAUGGAUACAUGUAUGGGAACCUCCCAGGCCUUUCUGUAUGUGAUGACACAAAUGUGAGAUGGUAUCUCUUUGGUAUGGGGAAUGAGGUGGAUGUACACUCAGCCUACUUCCAUGGCCAAGUGUUAACAUAUCAGAAUUACCGUGUGGACACUCUAAGUCUUUUCCCUGCAUCCAUGGUUCAGGCAUCUAUGCUUACUAAAAACCCUGGGAAGUGGCUUCUCAGUUGUCAAGUUAAUGACCAUUUAGAAGGUGGUAUGCAGGCACUCUAUGAAGUAAGAAACUGCACAGCAAAGAAGUCCUGCAGUUUCAGUACAAAGUUUCGACAGUAUUACAUUGCUGCAGAAGAGAUCAUGUGGAACUAUGGACCAACAUCAAUGAAUCAGUUCACUAGACAGAAGCUUGAUGAUGCUGACAGUGAAUCAGCAACAUUUUUUGAACAAAAUGACAUGAGAAUUGGAGGAACGUAUAAAAAAGCAGUGUAUAGAGAAUAUACAGACUCAACUUUCACAACACAGAAGCCAAGAUCCAAAGAGGAAGAACAUCUUGGAAUUUUGGGCCCUCUCAUUCUGGCACAGGUAGGAGAUGUUAUCAAAAUUACAUUUAGGAACAAAGCAAGCCGCCCAUACAGUAUCCAGGGCCAUGGAGUGAGCUACACAAAAGACAUGGAAGGUGCUGCCUACAAAACUGGCAAAGAUUCUAAAGAAAAUGGUGAAUCUGGGGAACAAAGUGGGCACUCUCAUCCUUCUCAUGUGGCUCCAGGAGAUACAGUAACAUACAGAUGGGACGUCCCUGACAGUGUGGGAUCCACAAUUCAUGACCUAAACUGCUUACCAUGGCUUUAUUAUUCAUCUGUGGAUGUGGUCAGAGACACCAAUUCUGGACUUGUCGGCCCCUUGUUAGUGUGCAAGAGCUUAAUCAAUAAUCAACAGAGAGGUGUAGCUCACAAUUACUUCAUGAUGCCUGCUGUAUUUGAUGAGAAUAAAAGCUGGUACUUAAAGGACAACAUUGACCAAUUUACAGGGAAACCACAGUCUGUGGACGCAGAUAAUGAAGAUUUCCAAGAGUCCAAUAUGAUGCACUCUAUCAAUGGGUAUAUGUAUGGAAAUCAGCCCGGCCUGGAUAUGUGUGUCGAAGAUUCCGUACGCUGGCAUAUGCUGGGACUUGGUACAGAAGUUGAUAUACAUGGAAUCCACUUUUCAGGAAACACCAUUAAAGUGCGUGACACCACAAGAGAUGUUGCAAGUUUAUUUCCACAUAUCUCAUAUUCCAUAACAAUGACACCAGACAAUGAAGGGGUCUUCAAUGUGGAAUGUAUGACCACAGAUCAUUACACCGGGGGAAUGAGACAACAUUACAGGGUAAAGUCAUGUGCUCAAAAGAAGACUCAGUUUGAGAUGUAUAAGGUAAAGACAUAUUACAUUGCGGCUGAGGAAUUAGAAUGGGACUAUGCUCCAAACCGCACCUGGGAACAUGAGUGGCUUUCACACCAUCCUAAGAGCCCUGGUGAUGCAUUUUUAAAUAAAAGUAGAACAUUUAUCGGUUCGAAAUACAAGAAAGCUGUAUACCGAGAAUAUACAGAUGACACCUUUACAACUCGCAAAGAGAGGACAGAAAAUGAAGAUCAUCUUGGAAUUCUAGGUCCACUUAUACUAGCAAAUGUUGGUGAUAUAAUUACAAUAAAAUUCAAGAACAACGCCUCUAGGCCCUACUCAAUUAAUGCACAUGGUAUUAAACUACGAGAUAAUGAAGUAAAAGCAACUGAACCUGGACACGUGAACACCUAUAAAUGGAUAGUUCCAGAAAGGUCUGGGCCAAACAGGCUGGAAGAAACAUGUUUGACUUGGGCUUAUUACUCCACAGUUGAUCAAAUUAAGGACACCUACAGUGGACUUGUUGGGCCUCUUGUAAUCUGCAAGAAACCUAGUUUGCCAUUUUCUUUAAGCCCUGUGCCAAAGAAGCGAUUUUCUCUACUUUUCGUGGUCUUUGAUGAAAAUCAGUCCUGGUAUUUGGAUCAUAAUAUCCAAACAUAUUCCCUGCACCCGGGUGAAGUGAACAAAAAUGAUGAAGCAUUUAUGGAAAGCAAUAUGAUGCAUGCUAUCAAUGGAAAGAUGUAUUCCAACUUACAUGGACUUACAAUGCAUGUUGGGGAUCUUGUAAACUGGCAUUUAAUUGGCUUGGGAAAUGAAGUGGAUCUGCAUACAGUUCAUUUUCAUGCACACAGCUUUAAAUACUCUAUGGGUAGUGUUUACCAGACAGAUGUAUAUGAUCUGUAUCCUGGGACUUUUCAAACUGUUGAAAUGACUGCAAAGAACCCAGGAACAUGGCUACUACAUUGUCACGUGGCUGAUCACAUUCACUCAGGAAUGGUGGCAUUGUAUUCAGUACUUGAAAAUCAGGACAGUAGAUGUGAGGAAGUUCCAGAUCUGUUGGGAGAGGUUCCUCGUGAGGACGCCAUCUUACCCUCUUCCGUUGUAGAUUUGGGAACAUUAGCUCAUGAAAAGAAAGUUUCUAUGUCGGGUCUCAGCGAUCGAGCCACCGACGGUUUCUUCUCCUGCGCUUUCGCUUUCUUAUGCUGCACUUGUCCUUUCCUCCCCUUUCCUUUUCUGCCGCUCAUGUUUGCAGUGGGGUUUCCGGGGCUAUGGGGUUGCCAGGCCGUCUAUGGUGUCCGUGGUCCCAUAUCGGGACUAGCUCUCAGCACGUCCGCGCGCUGCGGGACCGCGCACCGCCAUCAACAAGCUCCUCCCAUCAACAUCCGGUUACUCCCCUAUGUCUGCACUUACUAA